AUGACCCUCUUAACCCCGCCAUUGUCUGCCCUGCUGGAAUGUGCAGCGCUCCCCACGCCCGCGCACCUGUGCACACGGAUGCUGUUUGAGGAUGGCCCAGUUGGAAGAGGCGAGUCCGGUCUCAAAAUCGAGGGUCAUGAUCCUAAAGAACCAGAGCAGUUACGGAAACUGUUUAUUGGUGGUCUGAGCUUUGAAACUACAGAUGAUAGCUUAAGAGAACAUUUUGAGAAAUGGGGCACACUUACGGAUUGUGUGGUGAUGAGAGACCCCCAAACAAAACGUUCCAGGGGCUUUGGUUUUGUGACUUACUCUUGUGUUGAAGAGGUGGAUGCAGCAAUGUGUGCGCGGCCACACAAGGUUGAUGGACGCGUAGUGGAACCAAAGAGAGCUGUUUCUAGAGAGGAUUCUGUAAAGCCUGGUGCCCAUCUCACAAUGAAGAAAAUUUUUGUUGGUGGCAUUCAAGAAGAUACAGAAGAGUAUAAUUUGAGAGACUACUUUGAAAAAUAUGGCAAAAUAGAAACCAUAGAAGUUAUGGAAGACAGGCAGAGUGGAAAAAAGAGAGGAUUUGCUUUUGUAACUUUUGAUGAUCAUGACACAGUUGAUAAAAUUGUUGUUCAGAAAUACCACACUAUUAAUGGGCACAAUUGUGAAGUGAAAAAGGCCCUUUCUAAGCAAGAGAUGCAGUCUGCUGGCUCACAAAGAGGUCGUGGAGGUGGAUCUGGGAACUUUAUGGGUCGUGGAGGAAACUUUGGAGGUGGUGGAGGGAACUUUGGCCGUGGUGGGAACUUUGGUGGACGAGGAGGCUAUGGUGGAGGAGGUGGUGGCAGCAGAGGUAGUUAUGGAGGAGGCGAUGGUGGUUACAAUGGAUUUGGAGGUGAUGGUGGCAAUUACGGUGGUGGCCCUGGUUAUAGUAGUAGAGGGGGCUAUGGUGGUGGUGGACCAGGAUAUGGAAACCAAGGUGGUGGAUAUGGUGGCGGUGGUGGAGGAUAUGAUGGUUACAAUGAAGGCAGAAACUUUGGCGGGGGUAACUAUGGUGGUGGUGGAAACUAUAAUGAUUUUGGAAAUUAUAGUGGACAACAGCAGUCAAAUUAUGGACCCAUGAAGGGGGGCAGUUUUGGUGGAAGAAGCUCGGGCAGUCCUUAUGGUGGUGGUUAUGGAUCUGGUGGUGGAAGUGGUGGAUAUGGUAGCAGAAGGUUCUAA